CGCUCGCUCGCCGGCUCCUCCUCACUCGCCCGCCCGCGCCCGGCGCAGCUCGGCCAGAGCGACCCUGCGGGGCUGAGCGCGCGUCCGCCCGGGGGGCUCCGGCGGCUGCCCCGGCCCGCGGCCCCCUCCCUCGCUCCCGCUUCGUCUUCCUCGCUCGCUGCCUCCCUCCGUCCCCUGCAGCCAGCGCCGUCCGCCCGCCCGGCAGCCCGCGGCUCCGCGCCCCCCGCAGCCACGAUGCCCGGGGCCCGGCCGUCUGCCGCGGGACUCGGCGGGAUCUCGCUGUUCCUCGCUCUGCUUUUGGGAAGCCCAGCGGCUGCUCUGGCAGGAGAUGCUCACUCAGAGAGAGACAUCGGCCCUUCAAGUCCUUAUGUCCUGCCCUCAGCAGCACUGGAGAGCAGCGGUCUGGGCACAGAGAGCCCCAGAGAGGGAGUGGCAAUGGCCCCUCCCAGUCCCACGGGGGAAGAACUUGGCGAGCCGGAGUUGGAAGGGACAGUGCCCUCUGCACAUCAUGACACCCCAGUCCUGUCACCACUGCUUCCAAAGGAGGCCAGCAGCAAGCAUACCUUGUCCCCAGGGAAGAAGCUGCCUUUGCUCAAGCAAGUAAACUCAGCCAGGAAGCAGCUGAGGCCCAAGGCCACCUCUGCAGCCACCACACCCUUAGGCCUGGGUCUCCUCUCAUCCUCCACAGAGAAGCCUCACCUGGCAGGAGACCUGGACCCUGUGGCUGCCUCCAAGGGGUCCUCAGAAGUGCCCCUCUGGACUGAACAGAAGGAAGGAGCCGACCCCACGACACCCGCACCCCUGCAAAUCUCUCCAUUCACCUCGCAGCCCUAUAUGGCCCACACCCUCCCCCAGGAAGCUCCCCCGGAGGACGCCAGCUCCACAACCCUGAUGGACAAAGGUGAGAACGAGCUGACUGGGUCAGCCUCAGAGGAGAGCCAGGAGACCACCACGUCCACCAUCAUCACCACCACGGUCAUCACCACUGAGCAGGUCCCAGCUCUCUGCAGUGUGAGCUUCUCCGAUCCCGAGGGGUACAUUGACUCCAGUGACUACCCACCGCUGCCCUUCAACAACUUCCUGGAGUGCACGUACAACGUGACGGUGUACACCGGCUAUGGAGUAGAACUCCAGGUGAAGAGCGUGAACCUGUCCGAGGGGGAACUGCUCUCUAUCCGCGGGGUGGACGGCCCCACCCUGACGGUCCUGGCUAACCAGACACUCCUGGUGGAGGGACAGGUAAUCCGAAGCCCCACCAACACCAUCUCUGUCUACUUCCGGACCUUCCAGGACGACGGCCUUGGGACCUUCCAGCUGCACUACCAGGCCUUCAUGCUGAGCUGCAACUUCCCCCGGCGGCCCAACUCCGGGGAUGUCACGGUGAUGGACCUACACUCGGGCGGCAUGGCCCACUUCCACUGCCACCUGGGCUAUGAGCUCCAGGGCGCCAAGACGCUGACGUGCAUCAACGCCUCCAAGCCCCACUGGAGCAGCCCAGAGCCCAUCUGCUCAGCCCCUUGUGGAGGGGCAGUGCACAAUGCUACCAUUGGCCGCGUCCUCUCCCCAAGUUACCCUGGAAAUUCCAAUGGCAGUCAGUUCUGCGUGUGGACCAUCGAAGCUCCGGAGGGACAGAAGCUGCACCUCCACUUCGAGAGGCUGUCGCUGCAUGAGAAGGACAGGAUGAUGGUCCACAGCGGGCAGACCAACAAGUCAGCUCUUCUGUAUGACUCCCUCCAAACCGAGACUGUCCCCUUUGAGGGCCUCCUGAGUGAAGGCAACACCAUCCGCAUUGAGUUCACAUCCAGCCAGGACCGGGCAGCAUCCACCUUCAACAUCCGAUUUGAGGCAUUUGAGAAAGGCCACUGCUAUGAGCCUUAUAUUCAGAAUGGGAACUUCACCACAUCGGACCCAACCUACAACAUUGGGACCAUAGUGGAGUUUGCCUGUGACCCUGGCCACUCCCUGGAGCAGGGCCCGGCCAUCAUAGAGUGCAUCAAUGUCCGGGACCCGUACUGGAACGACACGGAGCCCCUGUGCAGAGCCAUGUGUGGUGGGGAGCUUUCUGCUGUGGCUGGGGUGGUGCUGUCCCCAAACUGGCCAGAGCCUUACGUGGAAGGUGAAGACUGUAUCUGGAAGAUCCAUGUGGGCGAAGAAAAACGGAUCUUCUUAGAUAUCCAGUUCUUGAACCUGAGCAACAGUGACAUCUUAACCAUCUAUGACGGUGAUGAGGUCAUGCCCCACAUCUUGGGGCAGUACCUUGGGAAUAGUGGCCCCCAGAAGCUGUACUCCUCCACACCAGACCUAACCAUCCAGUUCCACUCGGACCCUGCUGGCCUCAUCUUUGGAAAGGGCCAGGGAUUUAUCAUGAACUACAUUGAGGUGUCAAGGAAUGACUCCUGCUCAGAUUUGCCGGAGAUACAGAAUGGUUGGAAAACCACAUCUCACAUGGAGCUUGUGAGGGGAGCCAGAAUCACCUACCAGUGUGACCCCGGCUACGACAUCGUGGGGCGUGACACCCUCACCUGUCAGUGGGACCUCAGCUGGAGCAGUGACCCCCCAUUCUGUGAGAAAAUCAUGUACUGCACUGACCCUGGAGAGGUGGACCACUCUACCCGCUUAAUUUCCGACCCUGUGCUGCUGGUGGGGACCACCAUCCAGUACACCUGCAACCCCGGUUUUGUACUAGAAGGGAGUUCUCUUCUGACCUGCUACAGCCGCGAAACAGGGACUCCUAUCUGGACGUCGCGCCUGCCCCACUGCGUUUCGGAGGAGUCCCUAGCAUGUGACAAUCCAGGAUUGCCUGAAAAUGGAUAUCAAAUCCUAUACAAGCGACUCUACCUGCCAGGAGAGUCUCUCACCUUCAUGUGCUAUGAAGGCUUCGAGCUCAUGGGUGAAGUAACCAUUCGAUGCAUCCUAGGACAACCAUCCCACUGGAAUGGCCCACUGCCUGUUUGUAAAGUUAAUCAAGACAGUUUUGAACAUGCUUUAGAAGUAGCAGAAGCGGCAGCGGAGACGUCGCUGGAAGGUGGAAACAUGGCCCUGGCUAUCUUCAUCCCAGUCCUCAUCAUCUCCUUACUCCUGGGAGGAGCCUACAUUUACAUCACAAGAUGUCGCUAUUACUCCAGCCUCCGCCUGCCCCUGAUGUACUCCCACCCCUACAGCCAGAUCACUGUCGAAACCGAGUUUGAUAACCCCAUUUAUGAGACAGGGGAAACCAGAGAGUAUGAGGUUUCCAUCUAAAGAGAGCACGGAAGAAGGGGACUUACGGAUAUGAACACAAAUACAACCUCCUCAAGACAUCCAUCCAGAGACCAUGUGGCAUUUGAUGGAAACCCCGGAGUGUCAACUGUCUUUUCUUUAGACUCUUUCUUGAAGGUUUCUUGUUUUCUUCACUGUAUUUAUUAUAUUUAAAAAAAAAAAAAGUGAAAUAGGUGUGGUUUGGAUGUAUUAUGGCCGUAGCCAAAUUCAUGUUACAGCCUCAAUGCUGAAGGCAGGUGGAAGACUUGCAGCAGCCGAAACAGAAAACAGGAGGUCAGGUGUUUCCCAUCAGUCAUGCUGAGGCUGCAUCAAAUUGCGCCCUCUUCAGGAUCCAUGCCCGUGGCGUUUUUAGGACAAAUCUCAGUCCCAAGAUUAGGUUGGAAAGGAUUAGUAGCUCUUGUUGGCUUUGCACAGGUUGGCAUUUAGCACGGGUGCUUACGCCCAUUUUUUAAGGUCUGCUCCGAAACAAAUGCUGUGUCCUUACUUCCAGUUUCACCAGCUUCUGCCAGGGUUUGCCUCAUGCCCUCCCUCUCCCUGUCCCGAAGGCAGCAAAGGUGUUGCAUAAAUGUGGCGUUUUACCAACAUUGCCUCACUGGACAGUGACAAAUUUUUUUAAAACUUGUUUUUUUCUUUGCUAAAGAGGUGAUAAAUGACAAAAAGGAGAAAUUCUAGAGCAAAGGAGAGAUUUGAGAGUUGCGAUGAAGAACUGGGCGAGGGGGAAUGUUGGGGGAGGGGAUUGAAUUAAUAAAAUGUUCUUUUCUUUGACACUCCAUCAAGGAUGAAAGAGGAAGUAAUUUAUGUUACAAGUGUCAGAAUCCAUCGUCUUGUUCAGGAGGCCGUGAUGUGAUCAUAAAUCUACAGGCUUGGGAGGCACGGGCCGCCUCACUCAUAUAGUUAUUAGGGCUUGUGUGGGAGGGAGGGGAGCCGCUGUGUUCUUAAAUCCAGGGGUGAAUUCUGUUUUUCUCCUGGGCUUCUGGAAUGUCUUGACCCUCAAAACAGAAGAAAUUCAAGCACUCUCUUUCUCUAAAAGGAGUCACCUUCAGGAACAAGUAAUUUGGCAGGGGGAGUCCUGUGAGAAGGAACUUCUUUUCUAUUUCCUGAAGUUCUGUCUGGAUGUUAGACAGUUAGACAUGAAUGCUGUCUGUGGAGAUGCAGAGAAUAGAGGCAGGGGACUUCAAAAUCACAGCCAGGCCCAGAGUGGUGGCUCACACCUGUAAUUCCAGCACUUUGAGAGGCCAAGUGGGAGGAUCACUUGAGGCCAGGAGUUGGAGACCGGCCUGGGCAACACAAUGAGACACGCACACACACACUGCCUACCCCCACUUGCAAAAAUAAGUAUUUUUUACCCCAAAAAAUAAAUAAAUAAAAAUAAAAGCAAACUAUCCAAUGGAAUUUGUAUCAUCUGACCUGAACACCAGUGAGGGCAGAAGGAAGAAUUUCGGCCCAGACAGGAAUUCACAGCACCACAUCUGAUCACAUGGGCAUCCAUAGAUAGUUAUUAAAGUCCUUUUGUCCCAACCUAUUAGUGAGCAUAUGACUCUUUGAAAAAUUCUUUUCUAAAUACAAGUAUAGUGAAAAGGAAGGAAUAGGGUGUGUGAGGCAGAUCCACCUCUCUGGGACUGGCAGUAAUGGCCGAUGGCUUAGACAGGCUCAGUGGCCUUUAGAGCCCUUCCCCCCUUGCUUUGUAGAAUUGUUUUAGGUCCGCUGGUUUUCAAACAAGAAAACUGCCAUGCCAUAGGGAGAAUGGCUAGGAGUCCAUAUGUUAGUAGUUACUUUGGAAACAUCUUGAGGAAGACAGGGAUAUUGGUUUUAUGCACACUCGUCCUUCCCAGCAGGAGCUCCGACUUCAAUCCUGGGGGUCUGAGGCCAUAAUAUUUUACUUCUUCCAGAAGAGAGUCCUGCAUUUGUAAUACAUGGCAAAAAAUCGGUAAGCGCUGCUUCCAGGACCCAAAGCCCACCCCCAUUCAAUGCAAAAACCAGAGAAGAGUUCCAGGAGCUUAGUGAACAUCAUGUUUAGAAAAAAAAACACACACACGCAUAAAUAAUGUAACCUUUAAAAAAAAAAAAGUCAGAAUCCAAUCCUUGCUUUCGUAUCUAUUUGAUGCUAAUUCUAACCCUAACCCUGGGUCAUCCGGAAUGAAGAAUUCUAUUAAUGAUAUUUGAUUUUAGAACAUAGUAUGGGUAUGUGAAAACUAAAUAUUAGCCUUUUGUAAAGACUUACAAAACACAUAUAUUUAUUCUAAACCUGCUCCCUAAAACUGACCAGGCCAGGCCCAGGUAUUCUUCUCGGCUAUUGGACAGACAGAAACGGUAUUUUUUUUUUCCUUUAGGAGACCAAUGUCUUAGUUCUGUCUUGGUAGUUCGGCACCUGUAACCAUGUUUUAAAAGUUUGUUUUAGCCUAGAGAUGGAUCAUGUGAGUUCAGAAAGGUACAGUGUGAUUGAAAAGACAGGUUGAUGUCUAUUUUUCUUUUUUAAAUAUCUGAAUGUGUAUUUGUAACAUGUAAAAGUAAAAACAAAUGAUAAUAAUACUAUUGCCAGAAAUGCGCAAGGCAUCUCAUUACAGUUCAUAUAUGUGUGUUUUUAUAAAAUCAGUAUUAAAACUCACUGGGACUAAAUAUUUUUGAACAGGAUAUACUCUUGAGAAACUCGAGAAUGAACUGAGCCUUCCUACAAGCCACUCUGUUUUUAAAACAGUGGGACAUACGUUUACAGAGAUCGCGAGCUUCAGCAAAUGCAUGUGAUGGCACGUAUUACAUGCUAAUUCAUAUAAGCUGUAUCUGUCAGCUACCACCCUGUGCUUUAAAAAUGCACACAUUCGACCCUCUGCAGCGUGGAGCUCAGCUUUUAGCCUUUUUUUUUUUUUUUUGGUAGAAUUAUUUAGCUAACAUAAGUAUUCUGAUCACUAGUUGAUGGCCAUCUUUACUUAGUUUCAUAGAUGUGUUUUAAUGAUGACCUUCUGAUGCUAGCUCCUUGGAGAGCCUACAGAAUCUCAGGCUGAUAGCUUUGAAAACUGCCCAACAGCCCAGGAAGAAGCCAGGUGGCUACAUCAUCAGCGUGGCUGUAAAAGAGGAAGUAAUUUGGCAAAUUACCUGGGCUAGGUUUAGGCUGAGGCAUGAGGCACAGACAAAAGUGCCCUUUCCUUGGAGAUAAAUGCAAAGGGCAUGACUUUUCUAUGUCCCUGAUGAGGUGUGAUGGGUCACUGGAGUUCUAAUAUCAUUGAAUCGUUCGGCACCCUCCAAGGUAGGCUUAUCUCCUGCAAAAUUUUCAUUUUCAUUUCCUUGCCAAACAGAAUAAAAAGCAAAACAAACUUUCUAAGGUAGAAAAAAAUGAAAUUAAGUCAUUUUCCACUUUGUAUAUAUUGAUGCUAA